CUGUUUCUAAGUAAAAUGCUUCUAUCGUAUUUUUGUACCUACAUAUCUCCUCCUUUUUUCCCACAGAUUGUGGAGCUGUACGCCCACGGCUGGGACUCCUACGCCGAAGAGUUGCUGGAGAACAUCGUCCCGGAUCAGGCCUUCGGAACGCUGCUGCUCGCCAUCGCCGGGCGCCGUUUGACCCUGUACACCCGGGCCAACCCGAGGGUCUGGACGCAGGUGGCCGCCGUGGGCCCGCUCCUGACCGACUAUCUGGAUACACUCAUAUCGUCGGAUGGACAGGGCACCAUCAAUGGCACAACCGGUCCACAGUUGCGAUUCGCCGAGGGCAACGAAGCGGCCAAUGCGUCCGGGGAAAUUUCCAUCGAUAAGCUAACCAAGCUGGUGGAGAAAGCAUUCCGCUGUCUGAGUACGGUGCAUUCCACUUCGACGACGACGACAACGACGUCAACGACAACAGCGACGGCGGCGUCGAUGACAGCAUCUGGCAUCGCUAAUAAUGUUAACAGCAACAAGCAACAAAAGCUGCCAACUGGCACCGGAAGUAGCAGCAAUACCAAGGAAUUGAGAAUAGCGGGCCAGUUGUUCGAUGCUUGCGCAACCAUUAAAGAGCUGAGGUAAUUUGGCUGCUGAUGCUCGAGAAAGAAAAUUGUGGGAAAAGGAUUUUCUUCUGGCGCGUUCCACUCUCCGAACACACCCUGCUCUUUCCGGGUUGACAAUUGUUGCAGUGGACGUCCUUUGAUGAGGAACGACGCAAACGCUACGUCAGGGUAAGGCAAGAGGAAGGUUAGUAAUUUAAAGUGACUAUUAUUUUUUCGGGUAACCUCCCACAAAUCCCAAACAAGUUUAAUGAAAAGAUGCAAUCUUAACUGUUUUGUUACCAUCAGUCUAGCGGAAUCAAUUACGAAACAUAUUUUAGUCUGUUUUUCGAAUUUCUUGUUGAAUUUUACCAAAUAUGUAGCUGCGAACGUCUAUGAAUCAAUGGAUAAUCACAACCAAUUUUGAGUAUAAUAUAGUGUAACAUGA